CCGACCUGUGUGCUGGGCCUCACACGCAGACUCAGAACAGGCUGACCCGGAGGAGAAGCACGUCGGCCAUUUUGCUCGGAAGGGGGCCUCGGCUUCAACACGUGAGAGGGAGAGAGAGGAGUGAGAAGAGAACGAAACAGCCCGGUAUCUCUGCUUUCCGAGAGGAUAUUAUUCAUGUUUGAACCGACAGAGGCAUAGGAAGCCAACACAAUGCCCACAGUCACUCUGCCGCCAAAGGAGAACGCCCUCUUCAAGAGAAUUCUGAGAUGUUACGAGCACAAGCAGUACAGAAAUGGCCUGAAGUUCUGCAAACAGAUCCUGGGCAACCCCAAGUUUUCUGAGCAUGGAGAGACGCUGGCCAUGAAGGGUUUAACUCUCAACUGUCUGGGAAAGAAGGAGGAGGCCUAUGAACUAGUGAGACGAGGUUUACGCAAUGAUCUCAAGAGCCACGUCUGCUGGCACGUGUAUGGCCUGUUGCAGCGCUCGGAUAAAAAGUAUGAUGAGGCCAUCAAGUGUUACCGCAAUGCUCUAAAGUGGGACAAGGACAAUCUGCAGAUCCUCCGAGACCUUUCCUUGCUACAGAUCCAGAUGAGAGACUUGGAGGGAUACAGGGAGACUCGGUACCAGCUACUACAGCUCCGUCCAGCCCAACGGGCCUCGUGGAUCGGAUAUGCGGUGGCUUAUCACCUGCUAGAGGAUUUUGAGAUGGCUGCCAAGAUUGUUGAGGAGUUCCGUAAAACACAGCAGACAUCGCCAGACAAAGUGGACUAUGAGUACAGUGAACUGCUGCUGUAUCAGAACCUUCUAAGGGAAGCCGGCCUGCACAAGGAGGCCCUUGAUCACCUCAAAACCUAUGAGAAACAGAUCUGUGACAAGCUGGCUGUGGAGGAGACCAGAGGAGAGGUGCUGCUGAAGCUGGAGAGAUCUCAGGAGGCUUCAGAGGUCUACCAGAGACUCCAGGAGAGGAACCCAGAGAACUGUGCCUACUACCAGGGCCUGGAAAAGGCCUUAAAGCCGGGCAGUAUAGAGGCACGUCAGAACAUUUAUGAGGAGUCCUGGGUAAAGUUUCCUAAAGGCCUGGUUCCUCGAAGAUUGCCCCUUAAUUUCCUUACAGGGGAGAAAUUUCGUGAAUGUCUGGACAGCUACUUGAGGAUGAACUUGAGCAAAGGUUGCCCACCUGUCUUUACUACCCUAAAAUCACUCUACGCUGAUCAACAAAAGGUUACAGUUAUUGAAGAAUUAGUAGUUGGCUAUGAAACCUGUUUACAAAGCUGUCGAAUGUUUAGUGAAAAUGAUGAUGGAAAGGAGGAACCCCCUACCACCCUGCUGUGGGUACAGUAUUUCCUGGCACAGCACUUUGACUUCAUUGGCCAGCCCGGCCUGGCUCUGGAGUAUAUUAAUGCAGCCAUCGACAGCACACCCACACUCAUUGAGCUCUUCCUCAUCAAGGCCAAGAUCUACAAGCACGCAGGCAACAUAAAGGAAGCUGCUCGGUGGAUGGACGAGGCUCAGGCCCUGGACACUGCAGACCGCUUCAUCAAUUCCAAGUGUGCCAAGUACAUGCUGAAGGCUGGCCUCAUCAAGGAAGCAGAGGAGAUGUGCUCCAAGUUCACACGAGAGGGCACGUCAGCGGUGGAGAACCUGAAUGAGAUGCAGUGCAUGUGGUUCCAGACAGAGUGUGCCUUGGCCUACAAAGGCAUGAACAAGUUUGGAGAGGCCCUGAAGAAGUGCCAUGAGAUCGAGAGACAUUUUGUGGAGAUCACUGAUGACCAGUUUGACUUCCACACCUACUGCAUGAGGAAGAUGACGCUCCGCUCCUACUGAGUGGACCUGCUGAAGCUGGAGGACGUCCUGCGGCAGCACCCGUUCUAUUACAAAGCUGCUCGCACUGCCAUCCAGAUCUACCUGACCCUGCACGACAAACCUCUGACUGACAACAACAAGGAGAGCCAGGCAGACACCGAAAAUCUGACAGACAAGGAGUUGAAGAAACUGCGCAACAAACAGCGAAGAGCCCAGAAGAAGGCCCAGUUAGAAGAGGAGAAGAAGAACGCAGAGAAGGAGAAGCAGCUUAAGAACCAGAAGAAGAAGAAGGAGGAUGACGAUGAGGAGAUUGGCGGGCCUAAAGAGGAACUAAUACCAGACAAACUGGCCAAGCCAGAGAAUCCUCUGGAUGAGGCAGUCAAGUUCCUGAUCCCUCUUAAGAACCUGGUGCGCAAAAAGAUCGAAACUCACCUGCUGGCCUUCGAGAUCUACUUCAGGAAAGAGAAAUACCUGCUGAUGCUGCAGUCUAUCAAGAGGGCUGUCGCCAUAGAACCUUCUAACCCAUGGCUGCAUCAGUGUUUAGUCCGCUUCUUCAAAGGAGUGAGUGAGAGCACGGACCUGGCAGAGGCAGUGAGAACAGUUUUGAAGCAGGAGAUCUCUAGGCUGUUUGGAGAGAGCAACCCUCAGAGCUUCAACAAGAACUACCUGAGCCAACACUCCAACUCCAUCCCGCACCGACUGGCUGCUGCUAAGAUGAUGGCCCAGUUAGAAGAGGAGAAGAAGCACGCAGAGAAGGAGAAGCAGCUUAAGAACCAGAAGAAGAAGAAGGAGGAUGACGAUGAGGAGAUUGGCGGGCCUAAAGAGGAACUAAUACCAGACAAACUGGCCAAGCCAGAGAAUCCUCUGGAUGAGGCAGUCAAGUUCCUGAUCCCUCUUAAGAACCUGGUGCGCAAAAAGAUCGAAACUCACCUGCUGGCCUUCGAGAUCUACUUCAGGAAAGAGAAAUACCUGCUGAUGCUGCAGUCUAUCAAGAGGGCUGUCGCCAUAGAACCUUCUAACCCAUGGCUGCAUCAGUGUUUAGUCCGCUUCUUCAAAGGAGUGAGUGAGAGCACGGACCUGGCAGAGGCAGUGAGAACAGUUUUGAAGCAGGAGAUCUCUAGGCUGUUUGGAGAGAGCAACCCUCAGAGCUUCAACAAGAACUACCUGAGCCAACACUCCAACUCCAUCCCGCACCGACUGGCUGCUGCUAAGAUGAUGGUCUACCUGGAGUCUUCUUCUGAUAAGAUGGCCUGUGAGAUAGCCACAGCCCUGGAUGAAUCGCUGUCUGGACGGAGCAUCCAGAUCUGUACCGAGGUGCUCGAGGCGCUGCGUGACGGCCAGCUAGGUGAGGGUCAACAGAAGGCAGCUGAGGCUUACCAAGCCGCCUGUCAUAAGAUCUAUCCCUACAGCCUGGCCUUCAUGCCUCCUGGUUACCAAGACAACAUAAUCAGUGCUAAUGGCGACCUGUUGGCAGGAGAGCACGAAGACAUAGUGAAUGAAAUGUGAGCUUUGAGGAGGAGGAGCGGGCACAUCGCCACACGCCUUAGUCUGCCAACACAACCAUUACACCCCCCCCCACCCCACCCCCCAUGUUCCUGGGCUUUGGCUGCUGUGAGACUCCCCGACUUUGCACUGAUCUGGAUGGACUGAGCACCACAGGAGACACGGGAAAGGGAGCAGGCACACGGAAGAUGAUGAUGAUCUAACUUUUUUAAACAAAAAAAUGCCCUGAUCUUCUGUACCACCCCCCCUUCGAAAAAAACAAAACAACAACCCCAGAUGAAUACAGUUGGGGAGGCAGCAAAGGAUUCUGGGAGAAAUGGACCUUGGCUGGCUAAAUGGCUCCUGUAAACACAGUCUAGGUUUUCUAAACUCCUGUGUUUUCACGCCAUGUUCUUCUUGUGAGUGCAUCUGCUUCUCACAUUUUUUAAAAGUAAUUUAUAUAUUACAAACUGACAAAAGGAUUAAUAAAACAAUAUUUGCAAAACCAAA